AUCACUAUUGGUUACAUGCAUUAAUUUUUUCAACAACCAAGUGUGUAUGAAUAAUAAUUAAUUAUUUAAGUCAGUCGUAUGUAUUCCUUCAUCAGAUAAAGUUGAAAUUAAUAAUUGUUAUUGUCAUUAGUUGUUUGUUUUUUUUUAUAUAAAAAACAAUAUUUAAAUUUUAUUUUCUAUUAUUCAAUCAACUGAUAAAACACUUGAUUAAAAUUGUUGAUGAAUUAUCAAAAAGUAUUUAAAUAAAAAUUUGCUAGUGUCCAAGAUAUGAAUGGACAAUUAUCAGAUGUUCAAGUUGAAAGUACUCAAAUUGUUUUUGAGAUAAUUCACGAUUCAGUUAUGGCUGCAGAUGUAAAAACAACUGUUGAUGUAUCACCAAAAAAUAAUGAGAAAGAUAUAGAGGAUGAGUCAUCAAUAUCAUCAUCAUUGUCAAAUGUACAAAAAGUAUAUACAAGUCUUAUUGCUGGUGCAACAGCUGGUGCACUUGCAAAAACAGUUAUAGCACCAUUAGAUAGAACAAAAAUUAAUUUUCAAAUAUCAAAAUCACCAUAUUCACAAAAAGCAGCUAUUAAUUUUCUUCUUGAAUCAUACAAUAAAGAUGGACUGAUGAGUCUUUGGCGUGGUAAUAGUGCAACAAUGGUUAGAAUUGUUCCAUAUUCAGCAAUACAAUUUGCAUCACAUGAACAAUGGAAACAACUGCUUGGUAUCAAUGGUCAACAUACACCACCAUGGAAAGGUCUUUUAGCUGGUUCAUUGGCAGGUGUAACAUCACAAAGUAUGACUUAUCCAUUGGAUCUUGCACGAGCAAGAAUGGCUGUAACACAAAAAGCUGAAUAUUCAACUCUUCGUUCAGUAUUUUAUCAAAUAUAUAAAUAUGAAGGAUUAUCAGCAUUUUAUCGUGGUUUUUUUGCAACAAUAUUAGGAGUUGUUCCUUAUGCUGGAUGUAGUUUUUUCACCUAUGAUUUUUUAAAAAAUUUAAUAAAAGUGGAUCGUGAGAUGAAUCCGGGUUUAUAUACAACUUCAUCAUUGAGUUGUGGUGCUGCUGCUGGUGCUGUUGGUCAAACAAUGAGCUAUCCAUUGGACAUUAUCAGAAGAAGGAUGCAAACAUCAGCAGUCAAAGGGGCAUUUUAUCAUACCAGUCUAUCAACUGCUGUUAAAAUUUAUCAGGAAGAAGGCAUUAUGGCAUUUUACAAAGGACUCACUAUGAAUUGGGUCAAGGGUCCAGUUGCUGUUGGCAUUAGUUUUGCAACUCACGAUAUUAUUCGUGACAAUUUACGAAAAUAUGCUUGUUAA